AUGUUCAAUAGACACACGAGCGCUAUGAGCGGGAUGGACAUAUGUGAUAUGCUUUAAUGAGAACCUGCAUCUUCGCCUGGGACCUUGAAGCCCUGCACUGCCGAAUAACAUACACCUGUACGUGAUCACAUUUGAAAGCAUUACGCGAUGGCGAUUUCGGGAAGAUUGUUGUACCUGGUGAUCCUGCCACUACUGUUGUCGGCCAUUGUCCUGGGGGUCAUGCUUAGCGUCGCGAGCAACGUGUGGGACUCAGUGCUUGGGAGAGACGCGCGUGAGAGAAGAUUCCUGGAGUAUCAGCGGAGUGCUGGUGGUAGAACAGGCCCGGGGGAGCAGGGGGUCCCGUACCACCCCCCGGGGAAUACAUUCAAAAACAAGGGAGUAGUGAACCUUCUGGCGAGUGACACCAUUGCUGUGGACCGAACCAUUAAGGACUUCCGGCAUGAGAGCUGCAUGGUGCUGAGGUACACAGCACUUCCUUCUGCUAGCGUCAUCAUCGCCUACGACGUUGAAGCCUUCUCCGUGUUGAUGCGAACUCUGCACAGCGUUGUCAACAGGUCACCCCCUCGUUACCUGAAGGAGGUCCUGCUUGUCCCGUUUGGUAAAACUGCAGGGUUAGAAGAAAUCACCACUGCCAUACACAAGACCUGGCCAGAGGGUCCAGUGAGAGUUAUCUCCCGUAACGACCUUCACGGACUUUAUGAGGCUCGAUCACAAGGAGCGGAGGAAGCCACAGGAGACGUCUUGGUGUUUCUAGACCCACACUGCGAGGCGGGAGAUGGAUGGCUCGAACCUCUUCUCGAGGCGAUCAGUCGUCACCCGAACAUAGUCGCGGUUCCAGUGGAGGACGUGAUAGCUACCGACACCCUUGAGCACACGGAAACAGCAACCGAGCGAACGGGGGGCAUCUUUUGGAAGCUCACAAUGUCGUGGAGACCUCUGUCGGAAGCUGAAAAGAAAGACCGGAAGUCACCCAUAGAACCCAUUAAAACACCUGUGAUGUCUGGCGAUGCGUUUGCUAUGGCAGCCAAGUUCUACAAGUCACUUGGCGGCUUUCGGUCCGAGAUGCGCACGCGCGGCGUGGAGCUGGAGUUCUCCUUUAAGACAUGGAUGUGUGGGGGCUUCCUGCUCAUAUACCCCUGUUCACGGGUGGCACAUCUGGCGCAUGCGCCGGACGCAUAUAAUAAACUGAGCACAGAGACGGAGGAGAAGGCGUUGAUACAGUUGGCGGAGGUGUGGAUGGACGAGUACCGACGGCUCUUCUACAUGUACCGGAAGUACAUACUAUCACAGCCGUAUGGGGGAGACUUCGCCCAGGAGCAUCUGCUGCCGACACGCCAGAAGUGCAACAGCUUCGGCUGGUACAUCGACUACGUCUACCCAGAGAAGUUCAUGCCGGAUGAGAACGUGUAUGCGUGGGGUGUCGUACGGAACCCCGUCACCAACAUGUGCUUGUCAAUACCUGGCACCAAGACCACGGAGCUGCCAAGAUUAGGGGACGCCGUGUCAAAGGUCAAAUGUGACCACAGCGGGAACAUGGACCAGACAUUUUCUUACACGUUCGACAAGACCAUCCGACAGGAGGAGUACUGUCUGAGCAGUGACGGCGGAAACAACACGCCCCUCACCAUGGUCGACUGUCGUCGCGACUUGGACACCACGAAGUGGGAUUACAAUAAGGAGGACUGUAUGGUGAAGCACGUCAAGUCGGGGCUGUGUUUGUCAUCAGGAGGGGGGCAGAAACCCUCCCUCUCCCUGCAGCCAUGCGUCAACCAAACAGAAAACCAAAUAUGGACAUUCCUAUAUUACCUGAAUGUGCCGCUCACAUAGAGGGACCAGUCAUUGCUGUGUUAUUAAUAUACACAGCAAACAUGCAUACACCGCAAUCACAUUCUAUUACCUGAAUGU